AUGAAUCAAAAAUUAUUUAUCUUGUUACUUGCUGUUAUGUUUUUCGGUGGUUUGGUGCCAUUUAUUAGUGCACUUCCUGCUCCCGCUCCUGCUCCAAUUCCCGCAGGUUGUCCUGAUAACCCACCUUUUUGCGAUC